AUCCCUAGUUUGGUAGAGCAAGUCAGCACUCAGCAGUCUUCCCCGGACCUUCCUUAGACUCGGACUUUUAAACCAAGGAAAAGUUUCUCCACGGCAGCUGCAGAAGUAGCCCAUAUGGAGUUGGUGGGAUAAUAUAUAGCAUCUCGACCCCUGCAUGUGUGUGAGCUGCCAUCAGUUAAGAAGUGAUUUGUAGCACAUCCACACCGGCACAAGAAUAAACUAGAUGAAAGAAGAAGAAAAAAGUGGUUGGCGGUGCAUGGUGGUUAUAAUUAACAACUUGACAAUCAUUUGAGAAGAAGAAAAGAAUAUAGUUCCAGAGAAGAGCAAGAGUAGGAAGAGAAAAAAAAAGAACGAUACCAUGGCACAUAUAUAAAAAGCAAAACAGAAAGAGGAUGUGAAGAAGAGCAAAAAACUGGAAAAAUUUUAAACUGUUUGUUGGUGGCCUUAAAUAGAGAGGUGAUGUUUUAAAAAAAAUAAUAUAACGCGAUAUAAUGGGCGAGCGAAGUGCAAUUGAGGGGACUUGCUGCAGCACACACUAGCUCACAUCGGCACAAGAAUUAACAAACUAUUAUCAUGAUGGCUGUUCGAAAGCUUUUUGUAAUGGUGGUGGUGAUUGUGUGCGUGUCUUUAGUGAAAACGGAGACCCGCAAUGCUACAGGUUGGUGCUGCCCAGAGAGGGAGGGUGGAGGUGGGGGGUGUCCUGCCGGGGCUGCCACAGGACAUUUCCAACCCCGUAUCAUUGGGAAGGAGGAGAUUGACACGGUGACCUGGAAGACUCGAGCUGUGACCUGCCCACUAUCAUCCACCCUCGUGUACCAUGACAAUUCAACAGCAUACUUUAAUGCUUUUAUUCUUCUGGAUCAAGAUGAGCUGGAGUUACGACACGCGCCCAACGUAAUAUUUGAUAUAUACACGCAGGAUUACUGCCUUGAGGGAAACGGUGAAGGACAGUACAGAAUAGCCACCUGUAAACCAGACCCAGAUAAAGUCUGUGGUGGUGGAGUCUGCAUACCCAAGUGUUGUGGUGAAGGAGAAGCAAUUGAAAAUGGUUUUGAGUGCAGGAGAAGUAAUGAAAGUCUCCCUCUCCAGUUUUACUCGAUUCGUGGUGAACCAGUCCCGGAACGAAGCAACUUUGCGAUCUUGGGAAAUAGUGUUCCGGAUUGCGAAGCAAAAGAGGAAUUUAUCAGCCCCAUUACAGAAAAUUUCCAUCUGGUGAAUGGGAAACUGCUAGAUAGUGACAAUCAUAUUUUUUAUGACUUUGAUGAGUAUUGCAUCGAAAACUCGUAUGAUGAAAAAGGGAAUGUGAAUGUGAUAGCAAAGGGGUGCAGAACAACACAGGCACAUGUCAUUCACAUCAAGCACCAGAUGAUGAAGGUCGGCUACGUCAUCUCAGCCGUGUUCCUCAUCAUUACUAUCACCAUCAACCUCCUCAUUCCAAGCCUUCGGGACACCCAGGGACUGAUCCUCUUCUCCCACAUGGUGUCGAUGCUGGUGGUAAUGACUGUGCUCUUUUUGCUGUCCACCUUUACUCGGAGCAUGUCCAACACUUACUGCGUCUUCAAUGGCUUUGUGUUCCAGUACUUUUUCCUGGCCAUGUUCUUCUGGUUGAAUAUAAUGUGCUUUGACAUCUGGAGAGUCAUCAGGGCUACAGCGAAGGGCAUUCCUUUGAUUGGCAUUCUCAGCAGCGAUGCCAAGAAGUUCAAGCUGUACUGCUUGUAUGGUUGGGGCUCUCCCUUGGUCAUCACCAUUGUCACGGCCAUCAUGCACUUCUUGCCGGAUGAGCUCGCAAAGGAUAUCACACGGCCUGGGUUUGGGACACUGACGUGUUGGCUUCCAGGUGAUUUGGAGCACUUGAUCUACUGCUAUGCCUAUGUGGCUGCUCUCUUCAUUCUGGACCUCCUCUUCAUCGGGCACACCAUGUUCAUUCUGUACCAAGCCGGCAAUGCAUUCACUUGCUUUGCAAGGCAAGCUACUGUGACUGCAUUCAACAGAAAACACCUGGAAGCUUUCUGGCAGCGUUUUUUUGUCUUUACCUCGAUGGUGCUUUGCUGGACGGCUGAAAUUCUCGCAUGGAAGAUUCACCCACAAGAAAUCUGGAUCGUCACGGAUUUCAUCAACUCCUCACAAGGCUUCGUCAUCUUCCUCAUCUUCAUCAGCAACAAGAAGAGACGGGACAUGCUCAAAGAACUACUGAAGAAAGCCUCCAAAACUUGCUGUCCAAGAGCGCCCAGCUCAGUCCAGCCUAGCAGCAACAAUGAAAUGGCCACUUGAAAAGCAACCUCACCCCCACCUUCUACAUCCGGUGGGCCAAGUGGUACUACCGAGGAGGAGUCUUGUCAGCAAAACAGAUAUAGGGGAGAGUUAUUAAACUGUUUACAUGCCAUAGGGCUAAUCAAAUACUUGCUCUCCCUUGCAAGAAUAUUGUAGCCAAGUGGAGCUACGGAGGAUUAGAGUCUCAGCAAAACAGACAGAUGGGAGAGCAGUUAGUUUACAUGUCAGAUAUACCCACUGAAUACCUGCUUUCCCAUAUAAGAAUGUUUCAAACUAUAUUCAUUCAUUCAUCUUUGACGCCUGCUCCUAGCAGCUCCUACCAGGGGAUGGCCACGCCAGAAAAGUUUCCAUCUCUCUCCUUUUUUUUUUUUUUUUUUUUUUUUUUACAACAAAGGAGGCAGCUCAAGGGCACACACACAAAAAAAACAAUAAUGAAAAAAAAAAGCCCGCUACUCGCUGCUCGCAGUAUCGUAACCAAUGAGGUUCAAACUAUAAUUCGCUGUUAUUCUCAUUGCCUUAAAUGCAGAAGCAGGAGUAAGGGCCAAAUGGUAUUAGCGAGGAGGAAUCUUUGAGCAAAAAUAGAUAGAAGGAAGAGCCAACAGGCUAUUCACAUGUUGUACACUUAUUGGUUUCCCUUGUGAGAAUCUAUAAAUGCACAUAUCAGAAGGGUAAGCAAGUAAACCAUUCUCAUAUUCUUAAAUGCAGGAGUAGGAGCAAGGACCAAAUGGUGGUACUGGGAAGAAAUUUUUCAGCAUAAUGGAUGGAAGGGAGAUCAGUUAAAUUGCUUAUAUACCACAUACAGUAUAUAGACCCACUGAGUACUUAUUGCUUUCCCUUGUAAAAUAGGACCUGUCAGAGGAGUAAGCAAUAUUGAACCUUUCAGAAAACAGACAGAAAGGAGAAUAAUUAAACUGCUUCCAUGCUACAUAGACCCAGCGAAUACUUGCUUUCCCUUAUAAGAAUGAAAAACUGUACCCGUCAGAUGUAUAAGAAAUUGUGUGUAUAUGUGUGUAUUUACCUAGUAAUUGUGAUAUACAAGAAGUGAGCUACGCUCGUGUGGUCCUGUCUCUGAGUUUCAAUUGGUCACACUUUGCUUUAAACUGAUUUAUGUUUCUCGAUUGAACAACAUCUUUGUCUAGGCUGUUCCACUGGUCAAUGCAUCAAAUGGGGAAGCUGUAUUUCUUUACAUCUUUCAAGCAUCUUAUCUCUCGGCUUCCUUUCAUGUCCUCUAGUUGCUCUCCCAUCUCGUACAAACAGAUCCUCUCUAUCGAUUUUAUCUAUUCCCUUCAUCACUGAAAAUUGCAAUCAUUAUCACCUCUCUCUCUUCUUUCCCUUAGGGAUGGUCCAGAUUGUUCCUCAGUUCAAUUAAUGCAUCAAUGCGGAAGACCGUAUGUUUUUGUAUUCAUGAAGCAUCUCUUGUCUGAGUCCCUUUGAUGGUUCUCAGUCUCAUACAUAAAUAUAUUCUUCAUCACUUC